CACCUAAACAGGCGCAAUCUCUGCGUCUUUGAGGCGAUCUCCUCUCUCUCUCUCCCUCUCCCUCUCCCUCUCCUGCACUCUCUGUCGCCGUCGGGCUUAGCCUAACCGCAUUGCGCUCUCAGUCUCGCUCGCCUAAUCCCGCACCCGCGCCUCCUCGCCUCGCCGCUCUCUCUCAACCCUGCCUCCCAUGAAUUCUUAAGUUUGUGAAUUUCUCCGCACAACAAAGUUUGUAGGAGCUGAUUUAUUGUGGUGCAGAGAGUGUGCAACUCCUGCAUUAAAAUUAAUAAUCUCCUGUGUCAGAGGUCAAAGUUGGGAGCUAACUAUGGCAAGUAAAGGUCGAGUCCCUCCUCCCCACCAUCACCGUCCUCUCCCUGGUCCUGGUGCCGGGCAUCCUGAUCCAUAUGCUUCUGCAGUUCGUCCACCUGUUGGUGGUUUUCCUCACUUUGAAAUGUUACCUCCUCAUGAACUAAUGGCACAUAAGCUUUCUGCACAGCAUGUUGAGAUAGCAAAACUUGCAACAGAAAAUCAGAGGCUAGCUGCUACCCAUGGUACUCUGAGACAAGAUCUUGCUACUGCCAAGCAUGAAUUGCAAUUAAUACAUGCACACAUUAAUGAUGUAAAGUCUGAAAAAGAGCAACAGACUAGAGGACUUACUGAUACAAUAUCAAAGAUGGAGUCUGAACUUAAAGCUGCAGAAUCCAUCAAAAAGGAGUUGCAGCAAGCACGGACUGAGGCACAAUCCUUGGUUUCUGGAAGACAGGAACUUGUUUCAAAGAUACAGCAAUUGAAUCACGAGCUUCAUAUGGCUCACUCUGAGGCACAACAAAUCCCUCCUCUAGUUGCGGAACUUGAUGGGAUGAGACAGGAGUACCAGCAUUGCAGGGGGACUUAUGACUAUGAGAAGAAGUUAUACAAUGACCACCUUGAAUCACUUCAGGUAAUGGAAAAGAACUACAUCGCAAUGUCGAGAGAAGUGGAGAAGCUCAGGGCUGAGCUGAGUACUUCUACAAAUUAUGACCACCGAACUGGAGGGCCGUAUGGUGGUUCCGCUGGAUAUAUUGGAAAUGUUCCUCCAGGGAACUAUGCUUCUGCUCAUGCCUAUGGUGUACAGCAGCAGGGUCAUGGUUCUCAUAUGGGAGGGGGUGCUGGGCUUGGACCCGCUGUGCCAACUGGUACUGAGGGUAAUUCUCAGCCUGCUCCCUAUGGUUCGGGUAAUGCUCAAGAUGCGUCCAGAGGCCCUUUUUACCCUGCGUUUAGGGGAACUAGUUAUGAUCCCCAGAGGGUACAAACUGGAGCUAGUUAUGGUGCCCAACUGGGACCUACUGGAACAGGUUAUGGUGCCCAACUGGGACCUACUGGAACAGGCUACGAUGCACAGAGGGGAUUGGCUCCAUCUGCACACAAUACCCCUAGGGUACCGGGAUAUGAAGCUCCGAGAGGUCAUAGAUCUGAAACCCAGGAGGGCCAAGGUGUCCCUGCUUAUGAUAUCCAAAGAGGCUCAGGAGAUGAAGCUCAAAGGGGAGCUAAUUACGAGGCACAAAAGGGCGCUGGCUAUGAUGCAUCAUCCAGAGGUGCUGCAGGCCAUCAAGGACAGGUUCCCAUGAAUAACCAACCUUACCAGCCAACACCGAAUUCUAGAGCUGGUACUGGAUAUGAGGUGCCAUCGCAUGGUGUAAACCCCGCUCAUAGGUGAACUUUAGGCCAUCCUCAGGGUCUAGUGCCUACGGAACUUGCUGAAAGAGAGCCUUGUAGUUAUUAACACUUGAAGCAGGCAACAUGGUGGUGGUGGAUGCGCGUGCACACACACACAGACACAGACACACACACACUUGCUUCCAUGAAAAGAUCGGACUCUUUUUUUUGAAGUGUUACUCUGUUCACAAAUCAGGCUAUGGAUCAAUUGGCAUUUGAUUGGAGCGCGUUCAAUUGUAGAGGAACUCGUUUACUUUCCAUUCAGUUGAGUGAUAAUGUGAAAUUGGUGAAAAUAGUUUAAUCCUUAAUUUCACUUAAAUUGAGUUAUAUUUUACUCC